GGAGAAGAGACCACUACAAGACAGGACGAGGUAAUAAAACAGGAGGAUGCCGUUCCUCAUCCUCACGAUGUUCCAGAUUCAGGAGCCCUGGAUGCAAUCAACACAGAGACGAACAAAAAUAAUGUCCUUCAGGCGACUCUUUCCGAUGUGCUUCGUAACCGCGAUCGAGCUUUCGUUCUCCCAUCUGACUCGACAGUCUUGUACAUUAAUCCAUCGGCGUCGCAGACUGAAGAUAGAGGCGCAG